UAAAACCCGGUUUUACCUGUUUCUAUUGUCAAACGGACUGUCACCCAUAGCUACACAAACAUCCAAGGUCCCAUAGUGGGGCGUCACCUCCCCUUGGCGCGUUUCCUAAUUUAAAUAAAUUAUGCAGUUUCUGGAGCGAAUAAGAAAAGCCCUUCUCUCGUACGUCACAUCGAAACGGGGCGUUCCUAAUGCAAAUGAGGGGCCAACCCACCCCCAACCUGCCCUCCCCGCCCUCACCAGAGCCCUUGAUAAGAACCUCCCCCCAGAGGAAGUUGUUGUUGAGAUUGAAGACCCGCGGUUCUGAGAAGCUAAGUAAGCUAACUGUUUAUUAGCAUGGCAGAACAUACUCGUUCGUGUGCAAUUUGUGGCACUAAAGCAUCGACAUCGAUGCAUUUCUUGCCCAAAAAGGAGGAUGAUCGGAAGAAAUGGCUGGAGUUCAUCUAUGGGACAUCACAACCAGCUAAAUAUAACAAGACGCUAGUGUUGUGUUCCACACAUUUCCAGGACAGCGACUUCACUAACAUGGGGGAAUAUAGCCGUGGCUUCGCUACAAGGCUGAUUCUACGACCUGGGUCAAUACCAUCACGUAGAACAGGCACCAGCCCACAAGCGAGCACAUCUCAAGUACUGAGGCCACCUUUUACCCAUGUUGCCACUCAGACAGACCGACCUCGCCGUUCGACGCGCACUACUCAGGUGUCAAUGCGUACAUUAGGCCCUCACAUGAGAAGCAAAGAAGUCCAAUUUGAUUGCGACAUCGACACAAAGAAGUGUGAAAGCAAAGGAGUAGGCACUUCUGAUGCACCAUGGGGCCCACCAUCCUCUACACCCAUAAGGCCCGUUCAACAUCGCCCAUCUAAAAGACCUCGGGUGGAGGAAGAGGAGGAGGAGGAGGAGGCCACCACCAGCGCUGCUGCAGCUGCUGCUGACGUCACUGACACCCUCUCAUUACCUGAUCCUGAUCCUCACGAUCCAACAUAUGACCCUGCUGCACAGUCGAUGACCACGCUAACAGAAUCGUCACAGCUUUCUGACAGCUUCUCAACAUCAACAACUGGUCACACCGACAAAAAAUACAUAGUUUUUGAAAAGAAUAUCAUGGAACUCUUCCAGCGCUGUCCAAGGUGCAGCAAGUCACCAGAGUUGAAAACAUACAGGCGAGGAACAUUUUUAUCCAUCGACCAGAUCUGCCACCACUGUGAGUUCUUCAGACAAUGGAAGAGCCAGCCACUAAUUAAGAGCACACCAGUAGGCAACAUCCAACUGUCAGCAGCCGUAUAUUUCAGUGGAUCAUCAUUCUAUCAAGUGCAAAAGAUGUUUCAAGCCAUGCGCCUCCAAAACAUCAGUUACUCAGCAUUCCGGAGGCAUGCAAACCGUUUCCUUGAGCCGGCAGUGAUUCACUCAUGGCACCAGCUUCAAGACACUGAAGUGGAGUCUCUGAGGCACAAAAAAGUCAAGCUUGGCGGGGACAUGAGGGCAGAUUCACCUGGACACUGUGCCAAGUAUGGAACUUACAGUCUUAUGAAUCUGGAGACCAACAGCAUCAUUGACCUUCAACUAGUACAGAGCAAUGAAGUCGGUGGGAGCCACAAUAUGGAGAAAGAGGGACUCACAAGAGGACUGCAGCUGUUGGAGUCGAAGGGUGUGGCUGUGGACUACAUUGUCACAGACCGUCACCCCCAGAUCCAGAAGUUCCUCAGAGACCGCAAGAUAACACAUUAUUAUGAUGUGUGGCAUUUGGAGAAAGGUCUGUCCAAGAAGGUGGCAAAAGCAGCUAAAGAGAAAGACUGUGAGGUGGUGAAGAAGUGGCAACGAGGGAUCAGCAACCACGUGUACUGGUGUGCAACAUCCUCCUCCUCUGGGCCAGAAAAACUUGCCAAGUGGAAAUCUGUGAUGAACCAUAUGCAAAACAAACACGAGCACGACAACCCCAUCUUCCCGAAAUGCCUCCACCCUGACCGCAAUAGCACAGACCGCAAGAAGUGGUUUAAACCAGGUACCAAAGCCAUACAGAGGAUGGAGAAGAUUCUUGUUAACAAGAGGGUUCUCAAUGAUGUGGAGAAACUAAGCUCCCGGUACCAAACGUCAACUCUGGAAGCAUUUCACAGCCUGAUGUUGCGGUUCACACCCAAGAAUGUGGUCUUUCCUUUCAUCGGAAUGCUGUGCAGACACUAUCUGGCAGCACUUCACUUCAAUGAAAAUGCAGGGCGGACCCAGGCAAGAACCACAAAAGGAACCUUGAGAUACAGCAUCCACUACCCCAAGGCCAAAAAGGGAGGAUACUCUGUGAAGCCAGUGAAGACAAAAGCAACAUACCGUUACGUGCACAAGAUGAUGAGUCUGUUGUUCGAGGAGGUCAUCCCAAACCCUAAGCCGUACUUGGAGGAGCUGGAAAAGAUUCCUGUUCCGAAUCCCCUGUCCUCAGCAUUCCACCACCCUCCACUGGCAGAAGCUGUAGAAUCCUACAGAUCCCGCUUCAAUCAAGGGCAGCCCUGAAGCCUACAUACUGGCCCUCCGUGUCCGGAAACUCCUGCCUGAUGCGCCGAACGACACAUGCCGGGAUGACAACGCGGACUUUUCUCCCCAGCCAGCCCCAGCACCAACUGACGAAGCAUCUGUAGGCCAGAUGCCGGCAUCGUCUGGAAGACAAAGAUUGUUGUAUACACUGUUUGUCAAUGUUGUGCCUUUGCAUUUUUUUUAAUUAUAUGUAACAUUUGUAAAUAAAUUGCUCGAUUUCUUA